AUGGGCAGCGCCGUCGCCGCCUCGCAGCCUCCUCCGCCGUCCGGCAAUCUGAAGCAGGACGAGCUCAAGCGCGUGGCGGCGCACCGCGUGGUGGAGUUCGUGGAGCCCGGCAUGACGCUGGCCCUGGGCACGGGGUCCACGGCGGCGCACGCGUGGGACCGCCUGGCCAACCUCAUCCGCACGGGCGCGUUCCCCGGGGUCGCCGACGUGCCCACCUCGCUGAAGACGGAGGCCCACGCCGCCCGCGUCGGGACCCCGCUGCUCCCGCUUGAGGUCGCCGCCUCGGCCUCGGGCGCCGGCGGCAUCCGUCUCUCCAUCGACGGCGCCGACGAGGUCGACCCGGACCUCAACCUCGUCAAUGGCCGCGGCGGGUCGCUGCUUCGGGAGAAGAUGGUCGAGGGCGCCGGCGAGAGGUUCGUCGUCAUCGUCGACGAGUCCAAGCUCGUGCCCAGGCUCGGGUGCACGGGCAUCGUCCCUGUCGAGGUCAUCCCCUUCAGCGCGCCCCACGCGCUCGGCCUCAUCCGCAAGGUGUUCGACGGAGUGCCCGGCUUCCACGCCAGGCUCAGGACGGUCCCCGCCGCCAAGGGGGACGGCUCGGACGCGUCGUUCCUCACCGACAACGGCAACUACAUCGUGGAGAUGUUCUUCGAGGACGGUAUCCGCGGCGACCUGAGGGAUAUAAGCGACCGCAUGCUCCGGAUCACCGGCGUCGUCGAGCACGGCAUGUUUCUUGGCAUGGCCACCACCGUUAUCGUCGCCAAAAAGAACGACACCGUCGCAGUCAUCAACAAGAAACAAUCAGAAUUCAUGUUUGAUUCCAUUCCUGCAUAUUUAUUGGAAAAAUUUAAGAUUUGGAAGGACAGAAUGCUGAGCACAGUAUUGCUCCUGGGCCUUGAUGCAAAGAUGGCUGAAGCACCUUUCAGGCUACUGGCAGUUAUGGAACUGUGUAGUGCUCAUGUGCAAAAGUUAGCACAGAUACUGUCCCACAUUACCAAGAUUGCUAAAGAGUUCAAUGCUGCUGAUCCAAGAUUGUUUAUUGAUUAA